GAGCAGCUCUCACACCAUCCAGCUCCUCUCCAGAUACUCUCAAGUUGCUUUCAGUKUAGUUAUGUGGCAGUAAAAUAAUAUUUGGAUAAUACUUUGUACUACCAGAGUAGUACCAACACACUCUGGAGAUAAUAUCUGUAUCCCAUUGCACCACCAUUAGGAUCCUAUCAGGACACUCAUUAGAUACUACUGUGAUACUAUCAGGGCAUUGCAAAAACUGUCACUAGGAUGCUAGUGGGAUGCUCCUAGGAUAAAAGUGCAGUAUCAGGAGGAUACUUCCAAGAUGCUACAAGGACGAUGGAAAAGAGAGGGGUAAAAUAAUUCUGGAAUGCUGUCAGGGCAACACUCAAAUUUUUGGGAUACUGUCAACACAUUACUGAUACUUUCAGGCCACUUGCUUAGCAGUUGAUACAGUAUAAGGAUACGAUUAGGGUACUACCACUUCAGGGAAAUAGGUUUUUUUAUUAUGUUUUUUGCAUACUUUCAGGGUAGCACUAUCAGCAGUUUGUUGCCACUAGAAUAGUGCCACAAUACCAGAAUAUUUCUUAUGAAGGUAGUACAUCCUGUUUGGAUACUACUAGGAUACUACAGAGAUGCUGUUGGUUGUGUAACAGCUCAGGCAGCAGUGAUGGGGGUGGGGAGCUUGGUGGUGUAACCUGUUAGUAGCUGGUGCCUCACGGGCACCCUCUCCCUGCAGCUAAGGUGGCACAUCGGUGUUGAGGAGGAUGGAGGCGCCCCUGGUGAGUCUGGAGGAGGAGUUCGAGGAGGGGCCCGGGGACGAUGGGGGGACCCCGCAGCGCUCUGCGGACCCGGCGCUGGCCGAGCUGGAGAGCUUCUCUGCCGAAAUGAUGAGCUUCAAGUCCAUGGAGGACCUGGUGCAGGAGUUUGAUGAGAAGCUCACCGUCUGCUUCCGCAACUACGACGCUGCCACCGAGGGCCUGGCCCCCGUGCGGGGGCGGCUGCAGGCACAGGAGGAGGAGGAGCGCCUGCAGGAUGAGGAGGUCUGGGAUGCUCUCACCGAUGGCUUUGCYCCCCGGAGCUCCCCCCGGCCAUGGCUGCUCCCUGGGACUGAGGCCCUUGAUGGCACCGACCCCCAGCUCGGCGGGAAGGAGGAGGAGGAGGAAGAGGAGGAGGAGCUCACUGAGAGGAGUGAGCAGGACUCUGGGAUCAACGAGGAGCCGCUGCUGACAGCUGAGCAGGUCAUCGAGGAGCUGGAGGAGCUCAUGCAGAGUUCACCUGACCCUGAGGCUGACCCCGAGGGUGAGGAGGAAGAUGAGGAGGAGGAGGAGGAGGAGGAAGAGGAAGAAGAAACCGAGGCUGAUGGUGAAGGCAAAGGCAGUGGUGGGGGCACGGAGCCCAUCGUGCUGCGGGAGCUGCAUGCCUUCUCCCCUGCCUUCAACAACAACUGCUCCCACGAAGGGCUGGGGCGGCUGUCGGCGCGGGAGCUGCUGGCGGCGGCGGGCCGGGCGGAGGCGGCGAGCCGGGCGCUCUCGGCAGAGCUGGUGGCGCAGCUGGCGCGGCGGGACGAGCUGGCCUUCGAGAAGGAGGUGAAGACGGCGUUCAUCGGGGCCCUGCUGGCCGUGCAGGGCGAGCAGAGAGAGCAGCGAGAGGCCGCCCGGCGCCGCCGGCGCGACAAGGGGCUGAGCRUGCAAGGGGCGCGCUCCGAGCGCGGCAGCCAAAUGCCCCGCAAGCGCUUCAGCAUGGAGGGCAUCUCCAGCAUCCUGCACUCCGGCCUGCGCCAGACUUUUGGUCCUACCACCAACGAGAAGCAGUACCUGAACACGGUGAUUCCCUAUGAGAAGAAGGGCUCACCACCCUCCGUUGAGGACCUGCAGAUGCUCACCAACAUCCUGUUUGCCAUGAAGGAGGGCAACGAGAAGGUGCCCACUCUGCUCACGGAUUACAUCCUCAAAGUGCUCUGCCCGACCUGACGUGGUGCUGUCCCCACCCUCCUGCCCUGGCGCCUCCGAAACGGGGCCAAACCCCAGGAAAAAGGGUCACCCAUGGCUGCCCCACCCUGCACUUCCCCCCCUUUGCACAACUGGGAAUAAAGAAUUCCUUACAUUAA